AUGGCGUUAGGAAGUAGCUCUGUGUUACAGGGUGAACUUGUGAAUUGGUGUAAAGAGGCGCAGAUUGAUACAGACCAUGCAUUGUUACUGAUUGGUGCUCCAGUUGAGGUUGAGGUAGCCUGUAUUGAAGACACGGUUCAAACUGUAAAAGUCUUGGGCAGAGUACGUGUCAGAGAUACGAAGAUAGGCCCAACUGCAACAAGUUUGUUGGUGCUAUGUGAAUGUCGUGAGAAGAUAGAUCCGACUCGUGUUCCCCCUGAGGUGUUGCCUAUGGAUAGUGAGGAGGCAUGGAAGAUUGUGUUUGUCAGAGAAACUGAGCCUGCCUCUGAUGGCUUUGCUGCAAAACUUUCCAGACUUCUCCAGAGUGAAGGCAAAUCUAUGACUGAUGUGCAGGCUUUGCUUUCCCCUCUUUCGGUUAGCUCUCCUGAAUCAGUUAUACAUGCAGUUGGAGAACUGCUAGAAAAGACGACAAAACAUUCCAGUGAAGGCACAGCUUACAGGCGUUUGCGUGUUUUCUCGGGUGUUGUUCCUACUCCGGCUGAAGAGGAAACAAUGGAGAACUGGGUGGAACAGGCUAAAUUGAUGAUUGCAGAAUGUGAAUGUACUGAAAAGGAAAAGCGUAAGCGUAUAGUUGAAAGUCUGAAGGGUCCCGCCCUAGAGAUUGUCAAGGCUGUUAGACUGUCUAGUAAUGAUGCUAGUGCAGCAGAGUAUCUGGUAGCACUGGAAAGUGCGUUCAGGACAUCUGAGUCUGGUGAAGAUUUGUACUUCGCUUUCCGACUUCUUCGCCAAAAUCCUGGUGAAGCUCUAUCAGAGUUUCUCCGUCGAAUGGAGAGGUCAUUGACGAAAGUAGUACAGAAGGGAGGAUUGCCACCUGGGCAAGUGGAUAGAGCUAGGGUCGAGCAGCUCAUCAGAGGGGCCGUAGAGUCUGACAUGAUGCUGCUUCAGUUAAGAUUGAGAGAAAGAAAAGAAUCGCCGCCCACUUUCUUGAGUCUCCUGAAUGAGAUCCGUGAGGAAGAGGAAAAUGAGGCCAUAAGGCGCAAGUUGAAUGCCACUGUGAAGCCUGUGCUCCCUCAAGAUUCUUUACAGCCGAGCCAAACUGAGAUCCAAGAGCUAAGAGCUGAGGUUAAAGAGCUGCGUGCCAGACUAGAAGGGUCACGUAACCCGCCUGCAGUGCCCAAAGCCCCAGAACCUAAAGUGAAGUGUUCCCCUAAGAGUGCUGAGGCUCUACCAGACCCUGAUGUGCAGGAGUUAAAGAAGCAAGUUCGGCCUUUUGAGGAUGGACACAAUGGGUCACUGUAUGAAUAUAGCUAUAUCUUCUUCCAGACUGAACUGGAACAUUGA